UGUUUUUGUUUACAAACUUUACAAUGCUUGCUUUAAUAGAUUCUACAAAAUAUUUGCAUAAUUACCAAAACAAAAAAUGUGCGGAAGUUUUUUGGCAAAAUGAAACUUUUAGUAUUGUUUGCAAUUGUUGUGAAAUGAAAACAUUUGAUUUCGAUGAUUUUCUACUGCACUUUAGAAACUUGCAUUUACAAAAUGACUUGCCCGAUGAAUUAGAAAAAGCACAACAAAACUUUGAAGUAAAUGAUCUCAAAUAUAAACUAAAAUAUGACAAUAGUACAAUACAUAGUGAUAAUAUAAAUACUGAUGACUUUAAUCUUAGUAAAUACGAUAGCCGCACAGAUGAAGACGACAGUGAGUUUGAAAACUAUUCCUCAUCGUACAAUGAUGAAGACCAUAUACCCAAAAUCAUGACAGCAUCAGCAAAACAGACACAGUGCUCCCAGUUAACAUGUGAUUAUUGCAACAAAACGUACAAAUUAAAAACUACAUUAAAAAAACACAUUAAAAAUUGUCAUGACGAUUCCAAUUUGUACAAAUGUUCGCAAUGCAACGAAAAAUUCCAGCAAGAGCGGGCACUCAAUAAGCAUUUACGAACAAAACAUACUGGUUUUCCAUGUGAUAAAUGUGAUAAAGUUUAUAAAUCUCGCGCGGGACUUCAUGUGCACAAAUACAACCACAGCGAUGUGCGCAAAUUUGCUUGUGAUGUGGAGAACUGUAGCAAAUCAUAUUUCAGUCCAAAACUUUUACAAGCUCAUAAACGUAUUGUACAUAGAGCAGAUUAUUAUUUUGUUUGUGAAACUUGUGGUUAUAGGACUAAGAAAAAAAAUUAUUUAGUCGUGCACGUACGAUCACAUACUGGAGAGAAACCAUUUAUUUGUACAGAAUGCAAUAAAGGUUUUGCUUCGCAGGCGUUACUUACUGAGCAUAAACCCAUACAUUCUUCAGAGAGACCACAUAAAUGUCAAGAAUGUGGUGCAACAUUUGUAACUUCAAAAUCAUUAUAUCAUCACAAGCAUUUGCAUUUAGGAAUUAAAAAAUAUGUUUGUAAGGUGUGCGGAAAAGCUUAUGCGCAAGCAGCUGGCUUAUCAGGACAUAUGCGACAACAUAAAAUAGAUCCAUUUAAAUAGCGGGUAACAGCAGCAUAGCUAUUUUCUACCAACUAGCCUCAUGUAAAGAAUUUAUUAGUUAGUAUAAAUAUAGAUAGUGUUAGGCGAGGUAUAACCUUUGUUGUUUUCUAUUAUUCUAAAUAUUAUUCUAGUGUAUUCUAAAUAUAAACAAGUAUUAUACAUGUAGUUUUAUAUAAAAUUAAGGUUUAUGGUUUCAGAAUAAUGUAAAAUGAA